AUGAUUCUCAUCUCUGAAAAACAAAAAGGGACAGUGAUUGAGAAUGUAUUGGUCGACUUGACGGUCACUAAUGUCAACGGGCUUCAAAAUGAUGGAGUGAUGGAACAUGAUUUAAGAGUAUUUAGCUAUGCAACUGUCAUGGCUGCCACAGAGAACUUCUCCAUUAAAAACAAGCUUGGUGAGGGGGGAUUUGGACCUGUUUAUAAGGGAACAUUGGAAUCGGGACAAGAAAUAGCCGUGAAAACGCUUUCAAGAUGUUCAGGGCAAGGAACAUUCGAGUUUAAGAAUGAAUUGAUACUCAUAUCUGAACUUCAACAUACGAAUCUUGUUCGUCUGUUUGGAUUUUGCAUUCAUAACGAAGAGAGGAUGUUAAUAUAUGAGAAUAUGCCAAACAAAAGUUUGGACUACCUUUUAUUUGGUACUGAUCCAACCAGAGGCCUGUUACUCGAUUGGAAGGCGCGUUUCGGCAUAAUUGAAGGAAUCGCUCAAGGAUUGCUUUACCUUCACAAAUACUCAAGAUUGAGAGUAAUUCAUAGAGAUCUAAAAGCCAGUAAUAUACUACUUGAUGAAAAUAUGAACCCUAAAAUCUCUGAUUUUGGUAUGGCAAGGGCUUUUGUCCAUAAUGAACUGGAAGCAAAUACAGAUAGGAUCGUUGGGACAUUAGGUUACAUGUCUCCUGAGUAUGCCAUGGAGGGAAUUUUCUCCCCAAAAUCUGAUGUCUACAGUUUUGGAGUACUAAUGCUUGAAAUCAUAUGUGGUAGAAAAAACAGCAGCUUCUACAAUGAUGAUCACGUGAUCAGUAUAGUAGGUUAUGCAUGGGAGUUAUGGAAAGAAGGGGCAGGGCUAGAACUUAUGGAUCCAACACUAGGCGAGUCAUGUGUUAAGGAUCAAUUGUUGAGAUGCGUCCAUGUUAGUCUAUUAUGCGUGGAGGAAAAUGCCGUCGAUCGACCGAGCAUGUCAGAUGUCAUAUCUAUGUUGACAAAUGAAGGUGUGCCAUUACCUAUACCUACAAAGCCAGCAUUUUUCACAAAAAGAAGGGUGGUCGGCCGGAGUGGCGUGGGUGGAAAUGAUUUGGAACUUAUUAUAUCAAUAAAUGGCGUGUCUAAUUCGGAUUUGGAGGGACGUUAA